AUGGGAAUUGUGGGUUUAGAAGAGAGGGACAACAUUGAGUUACAGGAAUUCUGUCGUAUGCUGGUGGCCUCCGCCGCAGCCCUCCACCGCACAAAACAUGAACCCAACGACCUGCGUUUUCCAUCUAAAACCAACGACUUGACCGACGACGAAGAAGGAGAAGACAAAUUGGUUUGCGUAACUAGCGGCGUUUCCUUCUUAGGCCUCGCCCUCGUCAACCGCCUCCUCCUCCGUGGCUACUCUGUCCGCAUCCUCGUUGAUAACCCAGAAGAUGUAGAAAAGUUGGGGGAGACGAGGACAAGGACCAAUAAUAACAAGGUAUCAGCAGUUAUGGCAAAUCUAGCAGAUGUUGAAAGCUUGUCUCAAGCAUUCCAUGGCUGUCGUGGCGUCUUCCACACAUCUGCAUUCACUGACCCUGCUGGGCUCUCUGGUUACACUAAAGCCAUGGCUGAGAUAGAAGUGAAGGCCAGUGAGAAUGUGAUGAAGGCAUGUUCAUUGACAGCUUCUGUGAGAAAAUGUGUGCUGACUUCUUCACUUUUAGCCUGCGUAUGGAAUGACAGCAACCAGGAUAACCCAUCCCCUGUAAUUAACCAUGACUGCUGGAGCAGUGAGUCACUUUGCAUAGACAAAAAGCUCUGGUAUGCCUUGGGCAAGCUGAGGGCAGAGAAGGCUGCGUGGAAAAUAUCUGAGGAGAAGGGGAUUAAGUUGGCAACCAUCUGCCCAGCUCUCAUCACUGGUCCUGAAUUCUCUACAAGAAACCCAACAGCAACAAUUGCAUAUCUCAAAGGAUCCCAAGACAUGUACCAGAGUGGGGUGCUAGCCACAGUAGAUAUGAUGAGAUUGGCAGACGCUCAUGUGUGCGUGUUUGAGGAAAUGAACAAGGCAGCAUUUGGGAGGUACAUUUGCUUUGAUCAAGUCAUUGAAACAGAGGAAGUGGCAGAGAAGUUGGCUCAGGAGACAAGCAUGUCGAAGAACAAGAUUAUGGGCAACGGGUCCGUCAAUGUCCAAGUUCGAUAUGAAUUGUCCAAUAGAAAGCUUACAAAUCUUUUGUCAGGAUCACUAAGAUAUUGUUAUAACCAAAGCCAGCAAAAUGGAAAGUUUUAG